AUGAUGGGCCAGAGUUUCACUGUUGACUUUGCCUCUAAUGGCCGCGCUACCAUCAAUGUGAUGGGUAUGUCUGCUGGCGCUGAUUACACCGUUGAUGGUGAUGAUAUCGAGUUCUCUAACUACGAUCCUAUGCUUACCAAAUUGAUGCAACAGUUCCACAUCAAGAAAAUUGAUGCCACCAUCAUCAGUCCCGAUUCCGUCCAUAUCAAGAUCGGUUUCCUCCUUGACACCACUAUCACUAAGUGCUAA